AUGUGGGACAUACGGUCACAUACCCGAGACUCGACCUUUGGCAAAUGCCUACGUCUAGCCACUGGCAGGAAGCUGGCCAGAUCCCCUGAAGAGCAACUUGAAUUUCAGAUACCGGCCGGAUAUCUUGAUUUACAGUCUUCAAUCGGAGAUUCAGGCAAUGCUAACAAGGAGGUCUACUUUUUGGUUGUCGGGUGGCAUAGCAAAGAUGAUCCAGAUAACCUUCACAACUGGUCUUUCAGAAAGAAACUCUGGGUUUCCAUACUCUUUGUCUACAGGUUCUCGGUCUACAUUGGCUCCUCGCUGUAUACUGCCAGUACUUCAGACAUUAUGCAGAUCUAUGGUGUUGUAGGGAUGUUCCUUCUUUACCGCUACGGUGCUCGCCUGCGCGAGCGGAGCCGGUUUACUGGGAUGUGAGAUUUAUUUUAUAGCGGUUGAUUAUAGUGUGAUGGUAGAACCUAGGUAGUUGUGCGAACUGGCUGUAUAAUGUUUGC